AGCCAUCCUCGACCAGUUCUGUCCCGUUCUCGAUCACAUACCAACCCAACACGAUCAGAUGCCUCUCCCGAACGAUCACAAUUCGUAGCACCUCCCAGUGCAAGGCACCCCUUGACGCGGCCACAGCACACUCGGGCUAAGUCGUACCUUGCACCUGAGGAUUCUAAGUCUCACUCGCGAGCUGCGCUCCUUGCAGCUCCAGCGACAGCAGCUUUUGAGAAAACGGCAGAGAAGCUCCCUCGGCUCCACCUCCCAGGCUCUAGCCAUCGACAACACCAUCACUCUCAAUCACACUCAAGUUCCGGUCAGAACCACAGUCCAGGCAAGAACGUAUCCCACAGACGACAUCGACAUACACAGAGCGAAGCCCAUCCUGGUAGCCACAAUCCGAAACACGACAAGGAUAGAAACACCGCGUCCACACUGCCACAUCUAGUCGCAAGACUCAACGCCGAAAAAGAGCGACGCACAUUGCAGACAACCUUAUUCAGCAACGACAACGCAUACUCUCACAACAACCUCUCAUCCUCAUCACCUCAAUCGUCCAGAUACGCCGACCUCCAACGCACCUUCGGCCCUUCAGAGAGCACUAACGCUGAUUACAAUAAUGGCGGACGAUACGACCUCCACCGACGUGCGACGAGUGACACAGAUCAACUACCCAUGGUACAGAAAACUUCAUUCGAGUUGCUACUGGAGCGCGGAGACCAAACCCGGUUCGCCAGACGUCUUCACGUCAAGAAAGACGAUAUCAUCCGAAGAGACGCUGAGCUGGCUGAGGCAGAAGACGAGAUGCGCAGCCGGGUGAACGAGAUCACAGCCACCGGUGUCGAUAUGACACGGCGCCUUGACUACGGGUACUACAACCUCCUCGAAAAACUCAACAAUCUAAUCGGAACCAUCACCUCAUUCCAAUCCCUUUCCAAACAAACCGGCCAGCUAGUGCACAACUUCGAGAAAGAAACCCACCGCCUGGAGACAGAUACUCGUCACCGCGCCGCCACAUUCCAAGAAACAUUCCAAGCGCGGGAUCAGCGCGCCACUGAAUUGAGCCAACGCGGGAAAACCGCAUCACGACGCGCGGAGGACCUGUCGCAGCGGCUGGAGAAUGCGCGAAUGAUCUUGGAGAACUGGGAGCAACGAGAAGCCUCCAACCGGCGGGCAUGGGUCCGCGUGAACACGGUGUGCUGGUACACGAUGGUGUCCAUCGCCCUUCUCUUCCUCGCCCUGAUCCUGGUCAAGGAAUGGUGCUUCCACGGUGACCCCGUACAAGCCGGCCUCGGGCUGCACCGCGACGCGGGACACUGGAACAAGAGUCUUCGCCUAGGCGUGGAAACCCACCACGGCUCCCCCGCUGACAACGAGCGCAUACUC